UUUUUUUUUUUGGGGGUCGAUAAUUCAAUUUUAAAAGAUUCUCCAGCGACGUAAUCAUUUUAGAAGUUGACAGAUUAUCGAGAAACAUACCGUUGCUGGCUGCCGCUGCUGGUCGCCUUCCUUCGUCAACCGGGAACUCUCCCUGCGAAACCCUAGCCGAGCUCGACGACGUUCUCGGCCCGCCCCUCCCUGCGAUUUCUCGCAUCCCGGCGAUCGAUUCCCGGUUCCGUUCGCGAGAGGGUUUUGGGAGGGAUUUCCGGUGCAAGUAUGAAAGAGGGUAAAUCGGCUAAGCAGAAUCAGCAGCAGCAGCAGCACCAGAAGGAUCACCUGUCUCCGUUCAAGCUCGCGAAAUUGUUGGAUCCGGAGGCCUCGUGGGACAAGGAUCAGUUGGGAGAUGUGCUGCAUUGGAUUCGGCAGGUGGUGGCGCUUGUGUGCGGAUUGCUGUGGGGUGCGAUACCUUUGGUUGGAGGCAUAUGGAUUGUCCUGUUCCUGGCAAUAUCAUCUGGCAUAGUGUAUGGCUAUUAUGCGAUGAUACUAAAGAUUGAUGAAGAGGAAUAUGGCGGUCACGGAGCUCUUCUUCAGGAGGGGCUAUUUGCCUCCUUGACUCUCUUUCUGCUUGCAUGGAUUCUAGUCUAUAGCUUGGCUCAUUUCUGAUCAGAUAGUAUUGCGGGAUGGCCUGUCCUUAUGGGAACAAGUUAGAUGGUUUUUGUGCCCACAAAUUUCAGGGAGUUCGUGGGCAGUGCAACAUUACCAAUGGCGACAGUGAGAAGCUUCUUAGUUGCGAUUAUUUCCUUCUAUUUUUUGAGCAUGCAACAGUCAAAUCUGGCAGAGCAUCAAUUUGCCGGAUUUUGGCUCAUAAUCACCGGAUGCUUUCGACGAAUUCUUCCUCUUCUUUUUUGUCGUUUUCAACAAACAUCUCAGGAAAUGUAGCAAUACACGAUGCCCUCACGGACGAUAUCCGUGAUGUUAUUUUCGUCACUGAAAUAAAGUUAUACGGAAAAACAAUAGUUGGCGACUUGUUUUCUUUGGUUUCCCCACUUGUGGACUCUCUUGUAAUCUUUUCUAUAUCACUGUUUCCUCUGCUGCCAUGUUGGCGAGCAAAA